AUGGAUAUCUCUAAGCCUGUUGGUUCUGAAAUUACAUCUGUUGAUUUCGGUGUAUUGUCUGCCGAUGAAAUCAGAAGACUAUCAGCAAAACAAAUUACCAAUCCAACUGUUUUUGAUAAUUUGGGACACCCAAUUAACAGUGGUCUUUAUGAUUUAGCAUUAGGUGCAUUCCUUAGGAAUUUAUGUACUACAUGUGGAUUAGAUGAAAAGUUCUGUCCGGGACAUCAAGGACAUAUUGAAUUGCCAGUACCAGUUUAUAAUCCUUUAUUUUUCAACCAAUUAUACAUAUUCUUGAGGUCGAGUUGUCUCUACUGUCACCAUUUCAGAUACAGCUCUUUGGAAGUGCACCGUUAUGAAUGUAAGUUACGUUUAAUUCAGUACGGAUUGUUGCUCGAAUGUAUUGAAUUGGACAACAUGUUAAUAAAGGGGGCAGAAAACAAUGAUGAUGAUGACGAUGAGGAUGGACCAUCAUCAAAGAAUGCUGAUCCAAGAGCUAAGAAGGAAUUGCGCGAGCGCCGGGAAUUGUUUGUCGAUACUGCAAUUGCUAAGGCCAUUAGCGAAGGCAGAAGUAGCCAAUUUGGUGUUAUUACUGCCUCUGUUGGUGAAGAAAGAAAGGCUACAAUUCACGAAUUCUAUAAAAAGUUAUUGAGCAGACCAAAAUGUGACAACUGUGGCAUGUAUUCUGCAACUUUCAGAAAAGAUGGUUUCACCAAAAUCUUCGAAAAUGCGUUAAAGGAUAAGCAAAUUACCAACAAUAGAGUUAAAGGUUUAAAGCGUCCUGAUGUAUUGAAAUCUGGUUCGUCUGCUAAUUCUGGCAGUAACCAAACCAAUGAAAACAUCCCAAGUAUCAAGCAUAAGGGAGGAUCUAAGUAUGUAUUGUCUACAGAAAUUAGAAACAUUUUAAGAUCUGUUUUCCAAAAAGAGCAACGUAUUAUUCAAAAGCUUUUCCACUCUAGACCUCAUCAUAAUGAGCCUGUGACUUCUGAUGUCUUCUUCAUUCAAGCUUUAGUUGUUCCUCCAACAAGAUUCAGAUUACCUUCUAAAUUAGGAGAUGAAAUUCAUGAAAAUUCUCAGAAUGAAUUAUUGUCAAACAUUUUGAAGACUUCCUUAUUAAUUAGAGAUUUAAAUGAUCAAAUUUCGAGCUUACAGAAAGGAAAAUUAUCUAUUGAUGAAAGAAAAAUAAUUUUCAACAGAUUGAUGAAUUCAUUCGUUACAAUUCAAAAUGAUGUUAAUGCUUUUAUUGACUCUACUAAAAAUCAAAAUGCUCCAGCAGGAAAGGUUCCAAAUCCUGGUAUUAAGCAAGCGUUAGAAAAGAAAGAAGGUUUAUUCAGAAAGCAUAUGAUGGGUAAGAGAGUCAAUUAUGCCGCACGUUCGGUUAUUUCUCCAGAUCCAAUGUUAGAAACCAACGAAAUUGGUGUUCCUCCUGUUUUUGCUAAGAAAUUAACAUACCCAGAGCCAGUUACUUCAUACAAUGCAUCAGAAUUAAGACAAGCUGUUAUUAAUGGUCCAGAUAAAUGGCCAGGUGCAAUUCAAAUUCAAAAUGAGGAUGGCUCCUUGAUUUCUUUGAUUGGUAUGACCUUAGAACAACGUAAAACUUUGGCUAACCAAUUAUUAACUCCUUCCAAUGGUGAAACUGUCAUUAAUAAGAAGGUUUAUAGACAUAUUAAGAAUAAGGAUGUUGUUAUUAUGAACCGUCAACCUACUUUACAUAAAGCUUCUAUGAUGGGUCAUAAGGUCAGAGUCUUACCAGGUGAGAAAACUUUGCGUUUACAUUAUGCUAACACAGGUGCUUAUAAUGCUGAUUUCGAUGGUGACGAAAUGAACAUGCAUUUCCCACAAAAUGAAAAUGCAAAGGCUGAAGCCUUGAAUUUAGCCAACACUGAUUCGCAAUAUUUAACACCAACUUCAGGAUCUCCAUUAAGAGGGUUAAUUCAAGAUCACAUUUCUGCUGGUGUGUGGUUGACAAGCAAAGAUAGUUUCUUCACGAGAGAGACUUAUCAACAAUUGAUUUACGGUUGUAUUCGUCCAGAGGAUGGACAUACAACUAAUAGUAGAAUAAUCACUGUUCCACCAACAAUUUUCAAGCCUCAACCAUUAUGGACUGGUAAGCAAGUUAUUACAACUAUCCUUUUAAAUAUCAAACCAGAUAAUGUUCCAGGUGUUAACUUACAGUCUAAAAAUAAAAUUAAAAAUGAAUACUGGGGUGAAGGUUCAACUGAAAAUGAAGUUAUUUUCAAGAAUGGUGAAUUGUUGUGCGGUAUCUUAGAUAAGUCGCAAUAUGGUGCCUCCCAAUUUGGUAUCGUUCAUUCUUUGCAUGAAGUUUACGGACCAACCGUUGCUGGUAAAGCAUUAUCUGUUUUGGGUAGAUUAUUCACUAACUACAUUAUGAUGACUGCAUUCACUUGUGGUAUGGAUGAUUUGCGUUUGACUUCUGAGGGUAACAAAUGGAGACGUGACAUCUUAAAGCAAUCUGUAGAUAUUGGUAGAGCUACAGCCGCAGAAGUUACCAACUUGGAUAAAGAUACAGCUAAUAAUGAUAAAGAAUUAUUAAGACGUCUUGAAGAAAUUUUACGUGAUGAUAAUAAAUUAGGUAUUUUAGAUGCCGUUACGCAAUCUAAAGUAAAUGCUAUUACUUCUCAGGUUGUUUCCAAGUGUGUUCCAGGUGGUACCAUGAAGCGUUUUCCAUAUAAUUCUAUGCAAGCUAUGGCUUUGUCUGGUGCAAAGGGUUCGAAUGUCAAUGUUUCCCAAAUUAUGUGUUUAUUGGGUCAACAAGCUUUAGAAGGUAGAAGAGUUCCAGUUAUGGUUUCAGGUAAAACAUUACCAUCCUUCAAACCAUUUGAAACCGAUGCAAGAGCAGGUGGUUAUAUUAAGGGACGUUUCUAUUCCGGUAUCAGACCUCAAGAAUAUUACUUCCAUUGUAUGGCAGGGCGUGAAGGUUUAAUUGAUACUGCCGUUAAGACUUCCAGAUCUGGUUACUUACAGCGUUGUUUAACAAAACAAUUAGAAGGUGUCCAUGUCAGCUACGAUAACUCUGUCAGGGAUGGUGAUGGAACUUUGAUUCAAUUCUUGUACGGUGGUGAUGCUAUUGAUACUACCAAGCAAUCGCAUAUGAAUGAAUUUAAGUUUUGUAUUGAAAACUAUGAUGCUUUAUUGGCUAAAUAUAACCCUGGUGAAUUCUCGAAUCAUUUGGAUACUGAUCUGGCAUUACUGUACGCUAAAAAGGUUCGUAAGAACAUGAAGAAGCAAAGUAAAUUGCCUCAUUACGAACAAACUAAUAAGUAUGAUCCAGUGUUAUCUGUUUAUAAUCCAUCUAAAUAUUUGGGAGCUGUUUCUGAAACUUUCCAAGACAAGUUGGAUGAUUUUGUAAACAAGAACCCAUCAUUAUUUUCAUCUAAGGAAAAGAAGAGUAAUUCUCCUACAUUGAGUGAAAAGAAAUUCCGUGCUUUGAUGCAGUUGAAAUAUAUGAGAUCAGUAAUUAACCCAGGUGAAUCUGUUGGUAUUAUUGCAUCUCAAUCUAUUGGUGAACCAUCAACUCAAAUGACUUUAAAUACCUUCCAUUUUGCAGGUCACGGUGCUGCUAAUGUCACAUUAGGUAUUCCACGUAUGAGAGAAAUUAUUAUGACUGCAUCUGCUGCGAUCAAGACUCCUCAGAUGACAUUACCAAUAUUAGAUGACGUUACUGAUUCACAAGCAGACUCAUUCUGUAAAUCUGCUGCUAAAGUUGUAUUAUCUGAAUUUAUUGAUAAGAUUUUAGUUACUGAAAGUACUGGGUCUUCCGGAUCUGGUGACAAUUCAAGAUCCUACACAAUCAAUAUGAGAUUCUAUUCACGUAAGGAAUAUGAACAAGAAUACGAUAUCACUCAACAACACUUAGAAACUGUUGUCACUGAUAAGUUCUUGGAUGCAUUGGAAGCUCAGGUUGUUAAGGAAGUUAAGAAGCAACGUAAACCAGAUGCGUUACCUACUGUCGGUGCAGCAGUACCAAAAUCUCAAACUGAUUUGGCUAUUAGCAGCGGCGCUAGUAUACCAAAUGAAAAUGAAGACGGAUCCGCUUCAGAUGAAAAGCAUUCUAAUAGCAAGGAAGCAGCUUCGUAUGAUGAGCCUGAUGAUGAAGAAAUUGAAACCAUGAAAAGGGCCGAAGAAACAUCUGAUGAAGAUAUGGAAGACUCAUCCUCUUCUGAUGACUCAUCUGAUGAUGAAUCAGAUGAAGAAAUGACACCUGAAGAUAGCAACAAAAAGGAAGAACCAAAGACUUUAUCAAGAACCGCUAAAGACCGUCAAUCUGAAGUUAUAUCAUCCCAUAACUUAAUAAGUAAAUUCAAUUUUGAUGAUGAUAAUGGUGAAUGGUGUGAAUUCAAAUUGGAUUUAUCUGGUGAUUCUCAGAAAUUGUUGAUGGUUAACAUUGUUGAAGAAAUUUGUCGUAAAGUCGUUGUAAGAGAAAUUCCAAGAAUCGGACGUUGUCUUCACCCACAACCAGAAGUUGGCGGAAAGCGUAUUUUAACAACUGAAGGUGUUAAUUUCCAAGCCAUGUGGGACCAAGAUGAUUUCAUUAACGUCAAUGGUAUAUCUUCCAAUGAUAUUGCUGCUGUUUUGCGUACAUAUGGUGUUGAAGCUGCUAGAAAUACUAUUGUCAACGAAAUUAAGAAUGUUUUCGACAGAUAUGCUAUUGCCGUUUCAUCUCGUCAUCUUGAUUUAAUUGGUGAUAUGAUGACGAGAGAGGGUACUUACUUGGCAUUUAACAGACAAGGUAUUGAUUCCUCAACAUCUGCAUUUAUGAAAAUGUCAUAUGAAACUACUUGUCAAUUCUUGACCAAGGCUGUCUUGGAUGGUGAAAGAGAAGACUUGGAAAGUCCAAGUGCAAGAAUUGUUAUGGGUAAAUUGUCGAAUGUUGGUACUGGUUCGUUCGAUGUUUUAGCCCGUAUGCCAAAAUGUUAA